AUGACGCAGGACGCAGUGCGCGUGAGCGCUGUCACGCUGCUGUUAGGCGAUGAGGCGCGCGAGCUGCUGCUGUGUCCCGGUCUACCGCUUCCCGAGCUGCUGCAAUGCGUCGCAGCGGGCUUCCCAGACGUCAACAAAACGCCAGUGGCGGUGCGGCACGCCUCCAGCCACGUAUUCUAUCCGCUGUCGCUGCUGUGUCGUUCACCUGAAAUGUUUGAGAACGCUUCGCUUUACCUCACGCCCGACCGACGCGAGUAUCAGGCAGUAACGACGAACUCCGACGCGAACGAAGAGGACGAGGACGUCGACGACUCUGGGGACGAAGAGGAGAAGGAUUUGGAGGCUGCGUCCACGGAGGACGAACUGGAUCUCGAUCUAUCGGACUUUGAGCUGCCGCAGCUCGUCGAUGUGUUCACACAGGCCUGUCCCACUGGCGCAUUGGACCGUAUCACGUUCAACCGAUGCCUGGAGAAGAUUCUGUCGCAGUCUGGACGCUACGAUCCACAGGCGCGGAAGAUGUUCGCCAGGCUGUUCAGCAUCUUUGAGGAGCAGAGUUUGCGCAAGGAUAUCGUGGAUGUGGCUGACUUUCUUGGAGGCGUCUCAGUCUUUGCGUGUGGAGAGCGCGACGAGAAGAUCCAGUUGACGUUUGAACUCUAUGACGUGGACAGCGAUGGGCUCAUCUCGAAGGAAGAGAUGACGAAAUACCUGACGGCCGUGUUCUUGGUUAUCGGAGAGUCGACGCCGGAGCUUUUCCAGCAGCACAAGUACUUGGGCGUUGUGACGGCGAGUCAGUGUUUUGCAGAGUCGACACUGAAUCGGGAGGGAAAGCUGUCGUGCGAGGCAUUCCGGGAAUGGUAUUCGAAGCCAGGACCGACUCAACUUGCUUCGGAGGGUCUGGACCUGGCCACUUUGCGCGAAGUGACGGGUCUGUCUGCCUUGAGUGCGUCUGACCUAUUCUCCAUCUUCAGCGCUUCAGCGACUAGUACUGGCGGCAACAAGGAGGCGCUUACCCGCGCCGAGUUCAAACGAUGCUUCUAUGUCAUUUUAGAGAGGCUAAACCGGAAGCCUACUCGCCAGAUUGCGACGUUCUUGGAUCGUCUAUUUGAUGCGUUCGACGAGGAUGAAAGCGACUCUGUCGACUUUGUGGAGUUAAGCAGCGGUCUUUCGGUGCUGUGUGGUGACUCAAGGGAGGACAAAGUGAUGGCCGCUUUUUCGCUUUUCGACACCGAUAGCGAUGGAUACAUUACACAGCAGGAGAUGGAGACGUAUCUGGCCUCGGUCUUUAACGUCAUGUAUGAGACCACCCCAGCUAGUAGGCAAUCGAUUGGUGUUGACGCUAAAACGCUUGCUCACUACACAACGAUGCAAGCUUUUGAAGAUGCGGACGUGGACAGGGAUGGAAAGCUGUCGCUAGAAGAGUUUCGUUCGUGGUAUUGGGUGUAUGGACGGUACUACCAGCAGCCCACGAUGGGUCCAUCUACUGGUCUUUAUCGCCAGCCUGGUACGAGUGGCAACCAGGCAUUUGGAACGUCCAACUUUGUCGCAUCACUCACAGGUCUGCGAGACCGAGCACCGAGCGACGUUUUCGAGAUCAUUGCGGCGAAAGUAAACGAAGAUGGUGUCUUGUCUCGGGAAGCUUUCUUCUCGAUUGUUGAUGAGCUCGUUGAGGAGCAAGCCGCGACUACGAAGCGCAAACUGAGUGUCGAGGAAAAGAACCAAUUGCAGAAGAUCAUGGAGACCGUUUUCGACGGCUUUGACACUGACCACGAUGGGUUCGUUGAUUUCUGCGAGCUGUCGAGCGGCAUUUCAGUUCUUUGCAGCGGGUCUCAAGAAGAGAAGAUCAAGGCGACGUUCACCUUGUUUGACAUCAACCGAGAUGGCUUCAUCGCGCGCGAUGAAAUGGAAACAUACCUGGCUUCAGUAUACCGCAUUGUUUUCAUGACUUCUCCUGCCACGAUGCAGCAGCUUGACGGGAUUUCGCCGCAAGAACUCGCUCGAGUUACAACAGCUGAGGCGUUUACGCUGGCUGAUACAAACCAGGACGACCGCUUGAGUUUCGAGGAGUUUACCCAAUGGUACAGCUCUCAAGGUGCACCUGAGCUACCUCUGAUGCAGCCACAAGAGCAAGGCGCGCCAGCAUCCUCGAAUGGCGCGGUGUCGUCCCCUCGAGUGUCGUCGAUGUCGUCACGAGGAGCUCUCUCUGAAAUGAAGGAGCUAACGAACCUUGGAGCGUACGACGUUAACGACAUCUUUGAGUUCUUCCGAGCUUCGGCGGAUAGAGCGGGCAACGUCUCGCAGCCAGUUUUCUUCCGUUGCUUCAACAAACUACUAGCGAAAGACGGACGAGUUGGUCGCGAGACGCAGAUGAGGACCCAGCAGCUUUUAAAAGAGCUUUUCGAGCUGUUUGAUGCAGAUAAGAAUGGAGUCGUCGACGUGCAGGAGCUCGGUGCUGGACUCUCGAUUCUCUGCGGCGGAAGUCGAGCCGACAAGGCGAAAUCCAUGUUCACUUUGUACGAUGUCAACUACGAUGGCUACAUCUCUCCCGAAGAAAUGACUUCAUACCUGACGUGUGUCUUUAAGGUGAUGUUCAAGGCUUCUCCAGAGCUGCCAGCGAAGACGGGAAUGACGCCUGAGCAGCUCGCAAGGACGACGACAAGGGAGUGCUUUCGAGUGUUCGACCAAAACCGCGAUGGACAACUGAGUUUCGAUGAGUUCCGAGUUUGGUUUGAGCAGCAAAACCCACACACUCAACGUCAGCAAAGUAUAAUCUCGCUUGACGUCGCAAAGAAGCUGUCUGGUCUGGAGGCAAUGUCUCUGGAUGAGGUGUCGGACAUCUUUGGCUCGGCAACCGGUGGAGGCAAAAGGAUCUCGCGGCGUAUCUUUGACGAGUGCUUUUACAAGCACAUUUGCAGCAAGGCCACACCGGACUUGUCGGUAGAUGACAGCACUCGCGUGCAUGAAGUGAUUGACCGGCUCUUCACCGCAUUCGACACGGAGCAAAAGGGCAUCGUGGACUUGAACGAGCUAAUCAGCGGCUUGUCCAUUCUGUGUGGCGCCUCUACCCGAGAUGAGAAGGUUCUGGCAGCAUUCAAAGUGUACGACACCAAUCGAGACGGCGUGAUAUCAGAGGACGAGAUGACUCAUUACCUCGGGUCGGUGUUUAAGUUGCUCUACGCACUCGAUCCCACACGACAGCAACAGCUUGGAAUUUCGGCGAAAACUCUGGCGGCAGUAACAGCCAACGAGAUUUUCGAAGUCGCGGACGUCAACCACGAUGGCAAGCUGACGUUUGAGGAGUUCCAGAAGUGGUACUCGAGGCCAGAGCAGUCGUCAUUCAACGAGAUUGUGGCCCCUUUGGAUCUGAACGAGGUGCGUCAAUUGACGAAUCUGGGAAACUUGGACGUGGUCGAAGUGUUUGAACGCUUUGCCGAGCAUGCAGAUGAGGACGGGAUGCUGAACCGAGAGUCGUUUGACAAGUGCUUCUUUGAGAUCAUCGAGAUGGCCCACCCACGCACGCAGAUCGAGAAGCUGCGCGCUAAAAUGGUGGCCGACCGCUUGUACGACGUGUUUGACCGUGAUGGAAACGGGCAGAUCGACUUCAGUGAGCUGGCUAGCGGACUCUCCGUGCUCUGCAAGGGCGCACGAGAUGCCAAAGUGAGAGCAGCGUUCCGGCUGUACGAUUUUAACGAAGAUGGGUUCAUUUCGCUUGACGAGAUGAAGCGAUAUCUGACGUCUAUCUUCAAGGUGUUGUACGAGGUGCAGCCCGAAAUGAGGCAGGAGACUGGUGUCUCAGCUGAAGAACUGGGUGUCGUUACUGCGGAGCAGGCGUUUCUGGAAGCGGAUUCGAACCACGACGGCAAGUUAAGUUACGACGAGUUUUUGACGUGGUACAACUCCCCGGCCCAGGCAGGAAUUAGCAGUGCUGUCGCGAAGAACGCGAUUGUUGACUCGUCCCUGCACUGGAUGCCGCUCAACGAAAUCAAGCAGCUCACGAACCUUGCUCAGUAUGAACCGGAAGAAGUGUUUGAGAUCUUUGCCGGCGAAGCGGAUGAGGACGGAUUGCUGUCGAGAGACGCCUUCAAUGAAAGCUUUCGCAAGGUGAUUGGUGGUCAGAAGUCCCAGGGAGCACGAACGUCGGAUGCUGAAACACAGAAGAAGCUGCGAGAAGUCAUUGACGGUCUCUUUGACUUGUUCGACAGAGACAAUAGUGGCGCUGUGGACUUUGGAGAGCUUGCUAGCGGGUUGUCGGUGCUUUGUGGUGGUACGAAAGACCAAAAGGUGAAGGCGGCUUUCUCGUUAUUCGACUUCAAUGGCGAUGGGUUUAUCUCGCUAGAGGAGAUGACUCGAUACCUCACGUCUGUCUUCCGUGUACUCUUCCAAGUGUCUCCGGACACCCAAUCCCUUGGUGUCACUCCAGAAGAAUUGGGACAAGUGACCGCGCAACAGGCCUUUGCUGAGGCUGAUCAGGACCAUGAUGGCCAACUGACACUGGAAGAGUUUCAGCAAUGGUAUCAGCAACCAGGUGGCAUCGGUGAGGUUGCGAAGAACGGGGAGCAGUUGUUUAGCUUGGCGGAAGCCCGACGACUAACGAAUCUGCAAUCAUUCUCGCCCAUGGAAGUCUUUGAAGCUCUCGCGGAGUGCGCCGACGAGCAAGGAUACGUGUCGCGAGAGGCGUUCGAUAAAUGUUUCCGGAAGAUCAUCUCGACGAACCAAGGUAUCAAGUCCGAGGAGUACCAACGGAUCAACACCGUUCUCAACCGUCUAUUCGAGCUUUUCGAUGUCGACAAGAACGGAUUGGUUGACUUUAGCGAGAUUUCGAGUGGUCUGUCAGUUUUCUGUGGUGGCUCUUCCGAGGAAAAGAUUCGCGCUGCGUUCGCCUUAUAUGACUUCAACGCUGACGGGUUUAUCUCGAUGGAAGAAAUGACGCGGUAUCUGACUUCUGUUUUCCGCGUGCUCAAGGAGGCGUCGCCUUCUGGUCUGCAGCAACUGGGGCGCGAGUCCCCCGAGGUGCUGGGCGUGCGUACGGCUCAGCAAGCGUUCGCUGAAGCCGAUCUAGACCACGAUGGUCGAUUGAGCUUCCCGGAGUUCCGCAAGUGGUACACUCGAUCCAACGCCGCUAACAUGGAGCGACUCAUCCAGAAUAACAUCCCAGAGUGGCUCUCGCUGCGUGAGGUGCGACGUCUGACAAACUUGGAGUCGUUCUCGGCUCAACAGGUGCUGAACACGUUCGCCAAGUUCACAGCCGCCGAUGGCACCAUGGACAAGGAAACGUUUCGACAGGCUUUCGAUCACUUUAAAGUCGAGUCUGCAGUGCAGGAGUCGAGGGAAAGGCUGCAGCUACUAGUGGAUCGCAUCUUUGAGCUGUUCGACAAGGACAGGAAUGGGCUGGUGGACUUUAACGAACUGGCAAGUGGAUUGUCGGUGCUGUGCGGGGGAAGCCAAGCUGAUAAGGUGCGCGCUGCCUUCAACUUGUAUGACGUGAACCAUGACGGCUUCAUUUCGCUGGGCGAAAUGCGCCUCUACCUCACGUCAGUCUUCAAGGUUCUCUUUGAGGUGAAUCCUGACAGUGAGGCUCGAAUGAGCGUGACUCCCGAGGAACUGGGCGAGAUUACUGCAGAGCAGGCUUUUGCUGAAGCAGACCACGACAGGGAUGGGAAGCUUUCCUUCGAGGAGUUCAGCCAGUGGUAUAUGCAGCCGAAACGGGUGGGCGAUCUACCUGUGCCCGCUGUUUUGGGCGAGCAGGAGCAAGAACAGCAGCCGCGAAAAGUUCUACAACAUAAACCCGAUUGGGUGAGCUUGGACGUGGUGAAGCAGAUGACGAACCUGGAGAAGUACUCAGCUGACGAAGUGUUUGAAAUCUUUGCCAACCGUUGCUCCGAGAAUGGUACGCUGUCCCGUGAGGCCUUCGAGGAGUGUUUCGAGCAGCUUGUGGACGAGCAGUACAAGAACGAUGAAGUGAGUUUGGAACGAUUGCGGCUUAUUCUGAACAGGCUGUUCGUCAUCUUUGACGAGAAUCUCGAUGGCACCGUUGAUUUCUGUGAGCUGACUAGUGGGUUAUCGGUGCUCUGCGGUGGCUCUCGGGAGGAGAAAGUUCGCGCAGCCUUCUCGCUGUAUGAUCUCAAUCAAGAUGGGUUCAUUUCUCUGGACGAGAUGGUGCGCUAUCUGGCGAGUGUCUUUAAGGUUUUGUACGAGACCGGUCCAGGAACGGAUCAAACACUUGGCGUGCAGCCAGAGGAGCUAGCCACAAUUACAGCCGAGCAAUGUUUCUUGGAAGCAGACCUGAACGAGGACGGGAGGCUGAGCUUUGACGAGUUUGUAGCUUGGUACUCUAGGUCGUCGGGGUUUGAGGCACCUACUGCAGGUGCAAACAGUAUUCUUGGACAGCCGCAAGCGCCAAAUGGCAACACUAGCGAAAGCCAAAGUGACGGGUCGUUUUCACGCGAUACUAGUAAAGUCGGCAGCUACAGUGGAUCACCAGCUCCAGAAUCGCCAAGAAAAACAGUGUGGGGUGUUGGAAAAGGCCCUCAUCCGAGCGGCAUUAGCACCGCCCCCGUUUGUUUUCCGUCCGACAAGAUCUACGGAAUAACGGGCUCCAACGGUGACGCUUUGCUCUCGCCAAACUCAGCGUCUGCGUUGAAUAUGAACAGCUCGAAUAUGGAGCACGUCCGACAACUGCUCAAACUGGGCACGUAUGAGGUCAACGAUGUGCUGGAGAUCUUCGCUGAAGCUGCUCCCUCUGGCGAGUUAACGUUUGCAGCUUUCAAGAAGUGUUUCGAUCAGAUCAUUCGGUUGGCAGGUGGCCAUGAGUCACCGGAAGAGCGGCAAGAGGCUGAUGGGAUGAUUCGAAGACUCUUUCGUACAUUCGACACAGAUGACAGCAACACCGUCGACUUUGGCGAACUGGCCAGUGGCCUCUCUGUGUUGUCUGGCUCGAGCAUGGACGACAAAGUUCGUGCAGCGUUUCAGCUCUACGACAUCAAUGGCGACGGGUACAUCACGCAAGAAGAGAUGAUAAGCUACAUGACGUCGAUCUUCAAGGUCAUGUACGAGACGACCGAUAGCACGAAGACCAAGAUCGGUGUGUCUCCCGAAGAGCUCGCCCGUGUGACUGCAGACCAGUGCUUUAAGGAAGCAGAUCUGAAUGGAGACAACAAGCUCAGCUUUGACGAGUUCAAGAAGUGGUGCACUUCUGGACUGUGA